AUGUGUUGCUAUUCUAAUUGAUCGUCAACGAACUGUAACCAUUUCAUUCCGCCUUGUCAUCUGGCGAGUCGUGUUAUUGUUACAAUUGUUUGCAAUUUCCUCAUUACAUUUCAACCGGGUUUGUUCGUGAGGAAGGAAUUUAAAAAGGUUCAGUCAAUAUCUAUAGAAAACGUAAAAAUUAACUAAAUUUGCCAUAACAAAAAUCCUGAUGCAAGUUACUAGUUUUCUUUUCUUUGCUUCCUUAACGGUGUUCUGGCAUGAAGUGUCAGGUAAACAGAAGAUUGUUUGCUACUUUAUCAACUGGGCUUGGUACAGAUCUCAACCAGGAAAUCUUCUGCCAGAGGAUGUGGAUCCCACUCUGUGCACACACAUCAACUAUGCUUUUGCUAUACUGGAUAAAAACAAACUGAUUAUGAAAUCAAGCGACGAAUGGGCGGACAUCAACAACAAAUUCUUCCAGAGAGUCAAGAGUCUCAAAUCUUUGAAUCCAGACUUGAAAACGCUCAUUUCUCUAGGUGGAUGGGAAGAUAGCAGGUCCGAUAAGUAUUCCCGUCUUGUCAACGAUUCUACGAAGAGGAAGAAUUUUAUUACUCAAGUUGUCAAGUUCUUAAAGCAGUAUAACUUUGAUGGCUUAGAUAUAGACUGGGAAUAUCCCAAAUGUUGGCAAGGAAAUUGCACAGCCGGACCUGACACAGAUAAAGAGGAUUUUGCAACAUGGGUUAAGGAACUAAGAGAGGCUUUCAAUGCAGAAGAAAAAUAUUAUCUGUUGACAGCCGCAGUUAAAGCUGACGGAAAAGUCCUUGACAUUGGAUAUGACAUACCAUCUAUUACAAGGGAUUUGGAUUUCAUUAAUAUCAUGACCUAUGACUUCCACAGUUAUACGGAAGGAGUAACAAGACAUCAUGCCCAGUUUGAUUUCCGACCAGAGGAUCCAUCUUCAACUCCAACAAUGAUAAGUAGUACCAAAGCGUGGAUAGAAAGAGGAGCCGCAAAGAAUAAGCUAGUCAUCGGAAUUCCAGCCUAUGGCAGAUCGUUCCGUCUGACCAAUCCAGAAAACAAUGGACUGGGUGCUUCGACUUCCGGUCCCGGAAAUCCUGGAAAUAUAACCAAGGGAAGCGGAACGCUUGGAUUUUACGAGAUUUGCAUCAACAUAAAAAGUGGUUGGAAUAAAGCUAGAGAUCCUUCAGUGGGAAGUUGGGCCUAUGAAGAUGAUCAAUGGGUGAGCUAUGACGACCUAGAAGACGCUUCACGAAAAGCGAAAUGGGCUUCGUCUGAAGGCUUUGGAGGUGUCAUGGUGUGGGACUUGAGUACUGACGACACAAAAGGCACGUGCUGCUCUACUAAAUUUCCUUUCCUUAAGGCCAUGAAUUAUGGCAGCUCUGGGGAAGGCUCAUCUCCGUCCACUUAUGGAUGCCCAUGAUAUAUUUUCAUAAUUCAUUUAAUUGUUAUCAUAAUACGUUGUUAUGAAAUUAAUAUAAUCCGUAAUCGUUUCCUGUACUACAAAUUUCAUAUCUCUUUGAUCGAUUCAUGGUAGAAUGGAUCCACAUUUAAUAAACAUAGAUUGGAGGUAA